GACGCGUCGGAGAUUCGUCGCGUCCCAAUCACAAUUCUCGAGCAAAGCUUACACGACCGAAUUUAGAAAUCUCUCUCUCUCUCUUAUCCGAACGGCAUUCCGAAUUUUCUGGGUUUUCUCCAUCGCACGAAAAUAGCAACUUUGCCUAUUCGAGACUCAGGCGUCUGGGUCGGUUCCGUUUGCAGUUUUCUUUGAAACGGGACAUUGUUGAUAAGGAAAGUUUCAGAGCGUAUUUGAAAGAUUUGUGCAGUUCCUUUGACGGGUUAUGGUACUGAGGCAGAAUUCUGAAUUGGGUAGAUCAGAGUUAGAUUGCUGAGGCUGAUCGUUGUUUCAGGGUCUUCCUUGGAUUUUCUUCGAUACGACACGGACUUUCGUGGGUUUCCUUCAGAUUCGCCUCGCUUGUCGCCUACUGCGGUUUUCAGAAACAUCGAAUUCGUAGAUUUGGUGUAAAGUGUUGUCCAGUUUCGGAAAUAGCUGUAGAACUGGAGCUAUCUAUUCAGGAAAAAUGCCGUCCGCCGAUACACAAAUCAAUUGGAAGCUGGCCGGUCUUAUAGGCGCAUUUCUUGAUCUCGCCAUUGCGUAUAUGUUUCUCUGCACAUCUCUUUUCGUGUACAUCGCGUUGAAGUUCGUAGCUAUUCUUGGACUACCUCUCACAACAAGUUCUCGCAAUGGACGUUUUGGUGUUGCAAGAAAGGGGAAAUGCCUUCAGGGGCAUCUUGUGGAUUGCGCAUCUGAUAGAAUCUCAGCGGUAGAUCGCUUGGUCAGAAGCAAAAUCCCCUUUGCUUCGAUUACAGAUGACGGCUCAAACCGAUGUCUUGAGUUAAAGCUGAGAAGAAAGAACAGCGGUGAUGUGAGUAAAUCGAGAAUCAAGAGCGAGGGUUCGUCUAAGUUAUUACCAGAACAGCAUGAGGCAGGAGAUGUGACCAGAGGAAAGCAAAAUGUUACGAACAAUGGCCAAGAUGGGCUCGGUCUGGCUGGCAUUCAGGGAGGUACAAAGAGUAAGCGUUUUGUCAACCGAAGAUUGAGUAAUGGCAUCAGAAGCCACAGGAGAAUAAUCUCUGCGGGUUCUGGAACGCUUACAUCGAUAUCUUCAUUCGACGGUUUGCAAUUGCAAGCCAUUGGUGACAUGAUGGACUCUUGGCCACGGUUUUCUGAUGAUGUUGUCAUUGCCAGAGGCGGAGAUGGCCAUCCUGAAAGAGGUCCCAAGGCUGUUGAUUCUCAAGAUGGCAGGAACAUAGAACAUGAGAGGAGUCUCCAACAGAAUCAUUCUCGCGGAUCAGGAUUUGACGAGAACCUAACAAAACUCGAAACCGGAGAAACAGAGGCAUCGAUUCAUGAGCAGGUAAAGGGUAAAUCAUCACCCGGCCAAUCUCUAGACAGGAACGCGGAAAACACAGUCAGGGUUCUGGAGGAAGCACUGAAGGAAGAGCGUGCUGCUCAUGAAAGCAUCUGCGCUGAGCUCGAAAAAGAGAGAAAUGCUGCAGCAUCAGCUGCGGAUGAGGCCAUGGCGAUGAUAACAAGGCUACAAGAUGAGAAGGCGUCGAUAGAAAUAGAAGCAAGACAGUUCGAGAGGGUGGUGGAGGAGAAAUCGACAUUCGACGCUGAAGAAAUGAACAUCCUCAAAGACAUUUUGUUACGACGAGAGAGGGAAAAACACUUCCUGGAGAAGGAGGUUGAAGCUUAUAGACAGCUACUGGAGGAAACCGAUGGACUGGAAUCAUCAAUAAGAGAGGGCCCUCAUCAAACGCCAAAUACUGAGAGAGAAAAGGUGGAGGAACAAGGGGAUGAAUUGGAGGUUCCUGCAGAAAAUCAAGAUUGGCAAGAGAAAAGAGCUUUACUUGCGCAUCAAGUAAGGAAAGAACCUGAAGAAACCGGUGGUAAUACGCCAAAUGCAGAGGAUAAUAUCAUAUAUAAAUCAAGAGAUCUGUAUAAAUCAGAUUCUGAGGUCACCUAUUCCGGCGGUGUUCAUGACGUUCACAUGGUGAAGGACGAAGCUUACAUUGGUAAAGCACAGAACACUGGUCGGAAACUUGAGUCGACAUGCCGAGUGUCGGAAAUGGCUCGGAGGUUGCCUCCGCUGUACAGGCCUCGUCGGAAAUGGUUAAACGCUUCUUCUGGGUCCCGGAGAAAGUCCAUGACCGCUGUCGAUUAUGAAAGGUUGAAGAUAGAGAACGAAGUUGAGUUGCUAAGGGAAAGAUUGAAAGCUGUUCAUGAUGGAAGGGAGGAGCUUACCCGUCGAGCAUCCUUGCCGUCUUUAUCAUCAUCAAAGGUUGAGGUCACGUCAGAGAAGCGAAGAAGCAGAAGAUCUUCCUUGGACAUUCAUAGUUCUUGAAUCCAUAAACACUGUCAUGUAUAUACACAACACACACGCACACACACACACACACACAUAUAUAUAUGUGCAUAUAUGAGAUUGUGGUGUAUAUAUACGAAAACCCACCUGGGUCGUUUGGAGCUCAGGGACUGAGAGUUGAUCAUCUUUCACAGCAGAGAUACCUUGGGACGCAAGUCAGCUUUCACGAAGGAAAGUUGUAUGGAAUGAGCCUUGGAUUCUGUGUAUGUGUGUCGGACUAUAUGUAUACAAAUGUGAUUAUACAAAUAUUUAUCAGUUUUUCGUAUUAA